AUGAUCAUAUCAUUAGUCCCACCGUUCGGUGAUGGUGGAUCAGAAGAAGACACCGCGAUUGGGGGCGAAUUAACCUAUGGGGUCCGAAAGACUAGAAGCUCCCCGGAGCUUGCUGGACGAGGUAGUCUGAACCUCCAUCAUCUAGUGACGAGCCUCUUGCUCAAGGUUGAGGCGUGUCCUGAAUUCCACCUGUUAGGCCAAGUACUGCGCCUCAAAUUUCUCAUCAGUAGUAAUCCUCAAACUGGGUCUAGCGGCUGA